UAACUUUUUUAUGGGGUGUUAUUUUGGGGUUGAUUUUAUGGGCGUCACGACGUCCAGCACCGUUUUCACUCAAGACCGCAUCUCUUGCAACGUGACUAGAACCCCACGUGACUAAUCCAAGCCAAUCGAAGUCCCCCGUUCACUUAAAUCACGUUGCAAACGAUGUGGAUGCAUGACUACGCGACCUAAUCCCAACCAGAAGUAAUCAGUUUCCCAUUAGAUAAAGGUAUCGAACCGGACAUUAAUCCAAACUUAAAUUAACCAAAAAAAAAAGUGUUUCAUAGUGAAAUCUAGUUUUUUAUCCUUCCUAUAUUUCGAAUUACUAUAAAGUAAGUGGUGAUUAUAUAAUUUUAAAAAAUUUCAAAUAUGUUUUAUUAAUUAUAUCUUUAGUAAUACAAGAAGUCAUCUUUUCUUCAUUAUUGGAAGAAAUUAAUACAAUCUGCGAACAUAUAUUUCUUUAAUUUAAUUUAAAACGAUGAGGACUUGUUGGUAUUAUAUCAUUACAUGAGUGGGUUGAGGAUAAACUCUGGGCAGAGGUCGGAUGGUCGAGGCCAUGGAAAAGGUCACGGACGAGAUAAGCACAUGGUUCAUUGGUUUCGUAAAGGUUUAAGACUUCAUGAUAACCCCUCUUUAAGGGAAGGUCUUAAGGGUGCAACUACUUUUCGUUGCGUUUUUAUCCUCGAUCCAUGGUUUGCAGGUUCUUCAAAUGUCGGAAUUAACAAAUGGAGAUUUUUAUUGCAAUGCUUAGAAGACUUAGAUCGAAGUUUAAGAAAAUUAAAUUCUCGUCUUUUUGUGAUUCGUGGUCAACCUGCAGAUGCACUUCCAAAAUUAGUCAAAGAAUGGGGAAUUAAUACUUUAUCAUUCGAAGAAGAUCCAGAACCAUUUGGAAGAGUUCGCGAUCAUAACAUAACAGCCCUUUGUAAAGAAUUAGGAAUAACUGUUAUUCAAAAAGUUUCGCAUACGCUAUAUCAUCUUCAGCAUAUAAUUGAUCGAAAUGCGGGAAGAGCACCAUUAACAUACCAUCAAUUUUUAGCGAUUAUUGCUUGUAUGGCACCUCCACCUUUAGCGGAAUCGCCAGUAACGCAACAAACUUUAAAUGGCGCUACAACACCUAUUAGUGAAGACCAUGAUGAAAAAUAUGGUGUCCCAACAUUAGAAGAAUUAGGUUUUGAUACUGAUGGACUCCUUCCACCGGUUUGGCAAGGCGGGGAAAGCGUAGCUUUAGCUCGUUUAGAACGACAUUUAGAAAGAAAAGCUUGGGUGGCUUCAUUUGGGCGUCCAAAAAUGACACCUCAAUCACUUCUUCCAUCACAAACCGGUUUAUCACCUUAUUUAAGAUUUGGAUGUUUAUCAACGAGAUUAUUUUAUUAUCAAUUAACUGACCUUUAUAAAAAAAUCAAGAAAACUUUUCCACCUUUAUCACUGCACGGACAACUUUUAUGGAGGGAAUUUUUUUAUUGCGCUGCAACAAAAAAUCCAAAUUUUGAUAAAAUGAUUGGAAAUCCUAUUUGUGUACAAAUUCCUUGGGAUAAGAAUUCAGAAGCCUUAGCUAAAUGGGCCAGUGGUCAAACUGGUUUUCCAUGGAUUGAUGCAAUAAUGACACAAUUACGAGAAGAAGGUUGGAUACAUCACUUAGCCAGACAUGCAGUUGCUUGUUUUUUAACGAGAGGUGAUCUUUGGUUAUCAUGGGAAGAAGGAAUGAAGGUGUUUGAAGAACUACUUCUAGAUGCUGAUUGGUCGGUAAACGCUGGAAUGUGGAUGUGGUUGUCAUGUUCAAGUUUCUUCCAACAAUUUUUUCAUUGUUAUUGUCCGGUUAAAUUUGGUAGAAAAGCCGAUCCGAACGGUGAUUACAUAAGAAAGUAUCUUCCAGUUUUAAAAAAUAUGCCAGUACAAUACAUUCAUGAACCUUGGACGGCUCCCGAAAAUGUACAAAGAGCAACAAAAUGCAUCAUUGGUAAGGAUUAUCCUUUACCUAUGGUAAAUCAUGCAAUCGCAAGCAAAAUUAAUAUUCAGCGAAUGAAGCAAGUUUAUCAACAACUCGCAAAAUAUCGUAGAUUAGAAACCGAUUCUUGUAAAAUGCAAGGAAAUUUUAAGGAUGGUUAUCAAGCUCAAGUUGUUACCGUUGGAAAUCCAGAUAAUUUAAAUGAUGAAUAAGUUAUCAGAUCUUAGUUAUUUAGUAAUUAUGUGUGUAUCUAAGUGUGUUUGCAAUGUAUAACAAUAAAAUUGUGUAUUAACGUUUAA